GGCAUUUGACAUUUUGUGCAUUGUAGCAAUCUGACAGCCACCUGCUAAGUGACAUAAAUAGUGACUAGACAAUGUUAAAUUUAUUCCCUGUUUAAAGAAUUGAAUCAAAAAUGGAUUGGGUAAUAUCAGACGAAUUAUCUUUAACUGUAGGAACAGUUGUUGGCUGGGUAAGUGCAGGAGCUAUGAUUAUAGGUGGUGUCAUCCCUUACAUACCCCAAUACAGACAGAUACGAAAAACAAAAGAUGCAGAGGGAUUCUCUUUGUUAGUGUGUCUCGCACUUCUAAUAGCUAAUACAUUAAGAAUAAUGUUCUGGUUUGGAAGGCAUUUUGAAUAUCCUCUUUUGAUUCAGAGCGUAAUAAUGAAUUUCACUAUGUUUCUCAUGAUUCAUUUGUGCGUUAGGGUAAGAAAUAGAAAUCAGUUACUUCAGGCUAGGCAAAGGAUUUUCACAGCAAAACCUCAGGAAGUACAGAGAUUGCUUAAUUCAAAACCUCGUAGUUCCUCGUGCAGUAUAAGUGAUUUUGAUGCCAAGUACUUUUGGAAUUGGACGGAUUUUCAAUCGUACCUGGAUUGUAUGUUGAUUUUCACGAUUGCUACGUCAUUAUUGAUGUACAUAUUCAUAGAUUAUUUAAUAUUUGUCGAAACCGUCGGAUUUUUGGCGUUGUUCACGGAGGCUAUGUUAGGAACGCCUCAAUUAAUUAAAAAUUAUAGAAAUAAAUCGACGGAAGGGAUGAGCAUCAGUAUGGUGGUGAUGUGGACUUGCGGAGACAUAUUUAAAACUUCGUAUUUUUUAUUGCGCGACGCUCCGUUGCAAUUUUGGAUAUGCGGUUCGGUGCAAGUAACGGUAGACUUACUGAUAUUACUUCAAGUUUUCAUUUACCGCGGUAAUAUCGAUCCACCGCGACCGACGCCGCAUCGGAUCGAUUGAGUAGUUAUCAUAUGGACGCAGGGCGAGAAAAUCAACAAAGAAAUCAACAAUCCCCCAAUAGCGGGCAUCAUUAACGAUAAUAAAAUCGAUAAAAAAGUUAACGGCGACACCGAACUAAGUGAAUCGGUAAAUAACAGCGACUCUAGUGCCGAUACGGGUAUCAAUACCGCCGAGGAAAAAUUUAAUUGUACCGCUAACGUCGAGGUGCAUAAAGAACAUUUUUAUUCUAAUUCUAGUAAGGCUGUUAGUAGAGAUAGUAUUGUAGAUAUUGUUAAUAACGUAGAGAGAUUGGGGGUGAACGGUGUUAUGAAACGCGUCUCUUAUAAAGAACGCGCUAAAAAUAAAGUAAACAAACUUAUCCACAGGCAUACGUUAUGACGUUUACCUAUUUCCGGAACAAAAAUUUCGUUUUCUUAUUCUGGCUUCCUUUCGCUAAUUGCGUUCUUCCUAAUAUAAAAAGUAUUUUAUCAACUGAAAUGUAAUGUAUGUAAUUCAACGUGCAAAAGUGGAAACGCACGUAACCGGACGGCGCAACAUGAAAAUUUGAAAUAAGUCUUUAAAUUUUGGUUGGUGUUGCCGAAUUAUUCCUCAAAGCGAUAAUUUGAGUUUGUGCUUUUAUCUUGGAUUGGAAAAUUAAAUGUAAAAAAGGGGGAAACACACGUAACGGCACCGCAAGUCGGCUAAACUAUGUCGAAUAUUUGAAAUAAAUCUUUUUAAUGUCAUCGAUAGCGUUGAAAUUGUUGUUUCCUAAAGCGACAAAUUAAUUUUGGGGUUGCAUCUGGUAAGGAAAUUUAACGUGUAAAGCCGGAAACACACGUAUCCGGACCGUAAAUUGACGACACAACAAGAAAAUUUGAAAUAAGUCUCAAAAUUGGAUCAAAAAGUCUCAACAUUUUGUUUGGUGUUAUCGAUUCGAUCAAAAUUAUUCCCCAAAGCGAUUUUUUGAGAUGGUGCUUCAAUCUUAGAUAAAAAUUAAAUCUAUAAAGGGGGCUUCACACGUGACGGCACGCGAAAUUUGAAAUAAGUAGUAAAAUUGUUCCCAAAAUCGACAAUUGGAACUUUUAUGGGAGAAUCUGGGAUGGAAAUUGAACGUUUAAAGGGGAAAAACACGUAAUUUGAGUUGUUCGUUGACUCAGGAUGGAAAUUAAAUGUAUAGAAGUGUAAACACGUCAGUGGAUUGCAAAUCGACGGUACUACAAGAAAAUUUAAAAUUAAUCCCAAAAUUUUCAUUUCAAUCACUGAUGGGGUCAAAAUUUUUGUUUUCUAAAGCAAAAAUUUGAAUUUGUCGUUGACUAUGGGAUAAAAAUUAAACGUAUAAAGGUGGAAACACACGUAACCGGACAGUAAAUCGACGGUACUACGGAGAAAUUCGCAUUAAUAUCAAAAUUUUCUUUGACAUCAUCAAUUGGAUCAAAAGCAACCAUUGAAGUUUGUGAUUUAUUUAGGGAUCGAAAUUGAUCGAGUAUAGGUUGAAACACACGUAACAGUACAAAAAAUUCGAAAUAAAUCUCAAAAUUUUCUUUGAUGUCAUCGAUAGGAAAAUUAUUGAUAAUGUUCGUUUAGGUAGUACGUUAUAAUCAUGAAAAUUAACCGUCCGGUUUGCAAUUUACUAGCCGCGCGGUACCGUGACGUGUGACUGUGUCUUAAUUCCUUCAACGAUAUUAAAUCAUUACCGAGAAGUUGUCUGCAUUAUAUUUCAUCGUAACUAUGAAGUUUUCCUAAUUGUUGAUGCUACUCAAAUUGUGCCAUAACUAAAACUGUUUUUCCAUGACAAUCCGAUUUAUUAACGGUCUCCAAUUCACUAACCGAGCGGUGUCGUUACGUGUAUAAGGGUCCUAAGUCACAAAAGCAAUUGUCGAUACAGUCGUAUCUUUUCUUCAGGAAUAUUAAGUUCAUAUUCUA